UAUAAAAUUUUAUUUACUUUCUUAUGUAUCAAUUAUUAUGUGCACCUGAUAUAUUUAUAUUCUGAAAGUUUUUAAUUGUUUAAAAUCAUGUCGGACCAGUACGCUUUGUGUUGGAACAAUUACAAAAAGAAUUUAUCGAGUGGUUUUUAUUCUCUAUAUUCCAAAGGAGAUUUUACAGAUGUAACAUUAUCGGCUGAUGGACAAUUAAUUCAGGCACAUCGAAUUGUUUUAGCUGUUUGUUCGCCGUAUUUUAAGAACUUGUUUGAAAAAACUCCGGCUACUAAUCAUCCUAUAGUUUUUCUUAAAGACAUAUCCUACAAAAACCUCACAGAUUUAAUACAAUUCAUGUACAGCGGUGAGGUCCAUGUUAAACAAGAUGACCUCCCAAGUUUUAUUGCAAUUGCAGAAAGUUUGCAAAUCAAAGGACUUACAGAAUUCGGUGUAAAUGAUAACGAAACCAGUAGUACUACAAAGAAUGGUGAAAACACAUCCAUGAGUAGAUCAGCCAGGGCGAAUAAGAGGGCUUUAAGGAAAGAACUUCCAGAGGAUGAUAUUCCUCUCAAGUAUAGAAAGAGAACUAGUCAUACGAGAAGUACAAGAAAUUCAUCAAAAAAUGAUGAAGACCCAUUAGAAGAUGGUGCUUCAACAAGUCAGAUGAAUUAUGUAGCAGCAAAGUGUGAGCCCGUUUUGGAAGACAGCAACAUGGAUGAUGAUCACUUCGAUACCGGUUUUGAUAAAGAUGAUGAUGACAAUGAAAUCUUUGAAAAUUCAAAUUAUCUGAACACUUCUAACAAUACAAGUACCAAAGAAAAACAAUCAGACACCCCAAACACCGAUUCUGUUACACCAAAGAACAUAACUGGAAUUAACCAAACCGAAUUUUUAAAUCAAUUUAUCAUAUUGAAAACCCCAUUGCAAUUAUUAAUUAAUCCAGUACAAAUCCCAGAAAUAGAAACUAUAGCCAAAAAUCAAGCAGCAAUAAAUUCUGAGAAAGAAAAUGAAGCUUCAAAUAAUUCAAAAGACAAACCAAAGUCAGAUAAAGAAACAGAAGAAGAAAUGAUCAUUUCUAAUGAAGAAAUUGAAGAUGUUUUAGUCUAUACUUUGAGCACCCAUGGGUACCCUCAAUUGAUUCAUCAGGGACAUUGUUUCCAAAGGUACAAAAAUGCAAACGGCAGAGCUUAUUGGAAAUGCAAGCAAUCGAGACAACUGGGCUGUAAGGCUAGACUGAUUACAGAACCUUUGGCUCAAACUUCUGGCAGUAAACCAUCCACAAAAAUUACUGUAACAUCGAAGUAUCACAAUCAUGGAAAGAUAAAAGAUUUUUGGGGCUCAAGAUCAAAACCGAGAUCCAAGUUUAGCAAAGAGAUGGAGAGAGAAAUAAGAGAAGAGCAAGAAUUACAAGACGAGUUAUCAGAAAAGCAAAACAAAUCUGAAACAAAUACUAAUAGUAAAGAAAACACAACAGCUCCAACUAAUAAGUCUGUUGAAACUCCAAACCCAAAUGAUAUUUCCAAAAAUAAUGAUGACAGUGUAAAUAAAGAAGCAACAAAUCCCAAUUUAAGUGAUUCAGGAUUAAAUAAUUUGCAAAACCAAUUCGAAGAGGUUUCCCAAAGAAGUAAUGAUUAUGAAGAUAUCGAUAUGUCUAUAGUAGAUUUAGAAUACUAUGAUUAA